AUGGCUGCCGCCGAAGAGCUCGGCCUUGACCCAGCGACCUCAGCACCUGAUGAGGAGAUCUUUGAGGAGUCCGAUGCCAGGGAGAUCCUUGCCACCAUGGUUCGUGACCACGUUCAAGGAAAAGGUCGUGGCAAGUCGGGAGGCAAGAGGACCUUCCAGCAGGCCAGCAGGAUGAAGAAAACGAAGGAAGUGUCCCGCGAAUACGGACGAGGCCGUAGCGGAUUCCUUCCAACAGGUACAUACCGCGUUUCAGUGGAAGAACUGAAGCGCAAGACCCGCUGCAGUGUCUGCCACCAGAUCGGACACUGGCAUCGUGACCGUGAGUGUCCGGGCAAGGCGGGAGCAUCCAAAGAAGUUCAACUCCUGGAAUCCGAUGAAGCCCUUUUCAUCCAUUUCCUCGAGUAUCAGGACUACAAGAAUGAACAACAAGCUGAGGUACACCAUUUGAGCCGUGAUGAUGAAUGGAAUCCACUGCAAGAAGCAGUCAGCCAGUGGCGAGCCGUUCGUGCGGCGCCUCAAGCCACUUCGGAUCAUGGUGUCACGGCAGAUGAACCUGCCUCAGCGUCCGAUCGAGUAUACAAGGAGCGCAGUCCACCUAUUGAAGCUUUUUGGAGUGAGAAGAUGCACCAGCAACGCCGAGCCAUGGAGCAGAAGCGGGACUCGAUUCCGCAGUGGCGUCGAUUGGCCCUACGACUUCUGCUGAUGAUCCGCCAAAUGAUGAUCUCCCUGGUCUCCAAUCGGCUUCACAUGUCAGGACCUCCGGGAAUGAGAACUCGUCUGGUGGUCAACGAGCUGGAGAACAUGAGCGAGUCCGACCUGGAAGUAUCACAAGAACAUCUACAGGAAGAACUGGAGCAACGCAGACUGGAGGAUUUCUCCCUAGUCAGUGGCGGAAAGGGCAAGAAGACACAGGGCUACAUCCCAGAACCGGCAGCUCCAAAAACUCCGGAGCGGCCCAAGGGGGAACCUCCAUCUCCGGUGAUGUCACCGAGUAUGGACAGCAAUCAACGACCUCCUCUAUGCCAUUGUCAUCUGACGACCACACUCCAGAUCUCCAGGAAGGAGGGGUACCACUUUCAUCGGCAGUUCUGGACAUGCCCACGCUGGGAAACCACCAAGUCUUGCGGCUUCUUCAUGUGGACCAAGGACCAACCAUUUUGGAGUCCCAGUCCGAACAAGAAGGGAGUCAUUCCCUUGCUACCCACGGCCGAUCCGCAGACAGCCAAGUAUCCCAUGCAAAUGGAUCCAAAGAUCUGUCCUCACUACAACGUGACCAAGGCCGGCAGCAAUGGAUGGAUCGAGCAAACUCGUUGCAUCGACUGUCAAACCAUCCUGGAGCGCAAACAGCGCACCAAGCCGGCGUCAGCUGCCAGCUCACACCAGGACAGUGCGAUUCCUGGGGAUCAACAAGCAUGGGAAGAAUUUCAAGAGUUCAAGCAGUUCUGCCAGAUGCAGCGCCGCCGCCGCUGA